AUGGAUCCUAGAAACCCUUAUCGUUUUUGGGAUCAAAAUUUUGUUGAUCUUUUGAAUUCUCAAAAAGACUCCAACUGUUCUGAUAAUCCUAUUCCUCCUAUUUCCACCCAAUCCUCUCAGCCUAUUCAGUUUAGUAAUCCAUUCUCUUCUCAGCCUUUAAACUUUAGCCCUGGAUUCUCUUCUCAGCCUCUUAACAUAACCCCAACAUCUGAAUCUGAAGACUGUAUCCAGGUUACGGCAGAUAAGAUUGAUGAAGACAGAGGCAGAGGAAGUAGGAAGCGGUGGAGUGCAGAGGAGGAUGUUCAUCUCAUAAGCGCUUGGUUAAACACAAGCAAAGAUCCAGUGGUGAGCAACGAGCAGCGGAUAGAUAGUUUCUGGAAGAAGGUUGCAGACUAUUACAAAGCUCACGAUGGAGGAACCGGUUCAAACGCAAGAGGGCCUUCACAAUGUAAGGCAAGGUGGAAUAAGAUAAACCACCAAGUCAACAAUUUUGUUGGGUGUUACGCACAAGCGAGUACAAGAAGGAAGAGUGGAGAAUCAGAAGAUGAUGUUGUGAGCAUGGCGUAUGAGUUUUACAAGAAUGACAUGAACAAGCCGUUUAUGCUAGGACAUUGCUGGAGCGAACUGAAGAAUGACCAGAAAUGGAUCACAGAACGCCAUGAAGAAUGUAGCAAUAAGCGGACUAAGCUUGCUUCUAAAGGAGAUUUCUCAGCUCAUUCGAGCAAUGGAGGAGAGAUGAGGCCUCCCGGGGUUAAAGCUGCCAAGAAAAAAGGAAAGAAACCGGCAAUUAGUAUUGAUGUGGAGGAUGGUUCUGUGUGUUUUGGGAUGACAUAUGAAGCUGUCUCGUUGCCAUCUAAAGUGAAACAUGUUGGUAGUCAAGCGAAUGGAAGCUUGCCAUUCACGGGUGUCUCUUUUGUUUUGUAUCUUGUUUAA